CUCUGGUUAGAUUCCCUCACACGUCCCUGCACUUCUGCUUGGACUUAGUCGAUAGGACUACCUUUUUAAGAGAAAUUCUCGAGCUGCUCAAACAUUUCCUUGAUUUCUUUUUUCUGCGCAUGUCUAUAAAAGGGGGAGUAUUUUUGAACAACAUGGAAAAAGAGAGAAGAUCCUCUAAGCAGUACGGCUCUCUGGAGAAGACGCAGGUGGACACAGCGACGGAGAAAUCCACAGAGGACGUCAUUUCCAUGGCUGACUCCACGAUUACAUUAGAGGACAUUGAAGGAGAGCUGUGCAAAAUCGAUCGCAUAAGAGACAUCCUCGUACGGAGGGAAUCGGAGCUGAGAUACAUGAUGGAUGACAUCCAGCUCUGCCGAGAAAUCACGAGGCUGAAGACGGAGCUGCAGAAACUUGUCUCGACUCCAGACAAGGAGAAGUCCAAGGCGCACAGAGAGAGGGAGGAGGAGCUGCUGCAGCAGGUCAACAAGCUGGUGGAGACCAGAGACUUCCUGGUGGAUGACGUGGAGUUUGAGAGGCUCAGGGAACGAGAGGAAGACAGAGAAAUGGCAGUCUUCUUACAGUCCAAAUUUCCCAAGACAUCGGCUGCAAAAGGUGCUUCGCAGGAUCAAAACAUGGCGUCCAAAUCCCAGCAGACGUCAACGCCGUUUCUCAGUAAAACUGGACUCACACUGCUGAAAGACUGCUGCAGCUUCACCUGCUCCAUCAUGUAAUACUGUGUGUGUGUGUGUGUGUGUGUGUGUGUGUGUGUGUGUGUGUGUGUGUCUUUUCCAUGCUGUCACCUUUUGGCGGAAUAGGACGCCAACUGCAUGAAUCCGGCUCCCAGUCACCUAUUGGCGGCUAAAAUUGGUGUGCAUGCAUUUUACGUAAGUACGGCAUCGUACAAACCUGUUCAUG